UCCUUGCCACUAUCAACGUCAGCUGAAGUAGCAGUAGUCGAAAUCAGUUUCUCUCUCACGAGCGACGGGAUAAGAACGGGUUGCUAUAGACGACUGACUUGUAAGACAGCACUACAAAUUUUUGCCUUGAUCUAAACGCCCCGCGACCUUGUAUAGAAGACAACCUUCAAGGCGAUUGCAGCCAGUUAGAACUAUACUUUUUUUCAAUCCCACAAUUUGAGCGCCAAGUUCUCAUCAUCUCUUGAGUGAGAACACUGUCUGGAAUAGUUAAAUUUUGUCUGGAAAAAUAUUGACUAUUAACUAACAUUUGUAAAGAAGCAUGUUUACGCAGUUCUGUGGUUUUAUAAAAACUUUUAUAACGUAACUGUUGAAUAUUGAAGUGUUAAUAGUGUGAAAAAGUGGUUUUCUGAUAGAAAGUUUUGUUUUUCCUUGUUCAGGACGUACUACCAAUCACACGGGACGGCACCUAUUCAGCAAAGGACUAUGUUGAGCCCUGAUUUAGCCCAAGAUUUACAGUUUGUUGGAUCUGAUGUUCCAUUUUACGAUAACGAUGUCACCAAGAAAGAUAACUACCAAUACACCAACCUACAGCCACCAGUUCUUAGUCAAGCUUCAAAUCAGUAUAGCAAUAACACUGUAAUGGAAUAUAUACUUGCCACUGAGCCGAUAGAUGACUUACAAUGGGAACAAACCCGUGCAUGGCAAUACAGCAAACAUCCCCAACAGUGGAGCGAUACUGAAGUUUUAGAAUGGCUUAUAAAUUGGUCGAAGCAGGCAAAUAUUGAUUUAUUGGAUUUGAAGUUCAUUCCAGAGCUCAACCGCAUGGAUGGUCAAACUUUAUGCUCACUAUCAGAACAACAGUUUUUCACACUAGACAAUCAAUAUGGUCCCAUGAUAUAUCAAAGCUUACAAACUGAAUUAAGUAAUCACUAUCAUCCACUGAGUCCAUCGUCUCUGGAGAUGUCAUCGUUUGAGUCUGAUCACCGACUUCCAGCUUUCCAUAAUACAUGGACCACCGACCCUUUCUCAAAUCUUUUAUGCGUCGCUGGAUCUGAUAUUCAGGGUAGCAGUCCUUCAUCGAGUCAUGAUUCAGACAGAGAAGAUCGGGAGAGUACAAGCAGCAGUAUGAGUACAGCAAAUGAAAAAUCAACAAUUAAUGCGUCUUUUAUCUCAUCUACAUUGUGUUCAGAAAUCUUAGAGGGAAAGAAACCCGGCAGAAGAGGUAGGCCACCUAAAACGGAAGCCAGAUCUUCCAGAAGUCGGCAAGGCAAAGGAAACGGAAAAUUGUGGGAAUUCAUCCGUGACUUAUUGCUGGAUCCCGCCACGAAUCCCAGCCUGAUUCGCUGGGAGCGGCCUGAAGACGGAAUCUUCAAAUUUGUGCAGUCUGACAGGGUGGCAAAAAUGUGGGGGGAUAGGAAACAGAAUCCUAGAAUGACGUACGAGAAAUUAAGCCGAGCCAUGCGAACUUAUUAUAGCAGUGGAAUUCUUUCUCCUGUUCCCAAAACAGAAGGGCUUCCAAAAAAACUCAUCUACCGAUUUGGGCCGAAAGCAAGUGGCUGUAUACCUGAUAUUCAUGACCGCUCAUGAAAACUUGCAAACAAAUAUCAUUCUGGAGAUCUUUAUUUUGGUACUAUUACAAGAGCCAAGUGCUUUUACCUGUCUUUGGAAGGCGGUUGGUGUACAAGUUCGGACCAAAUGCUACAGGUUGGAGGCAUGGACCUGGUUACCACUAAAGGAUUAUUAGUGCACAGUCAUUUCUAAUUCCAUGUUCAUGUCCUCAAACUCUCUUGUUUGUACAGAUGUGGUUUUUAUCAUCUGAACCAAACUAUUAAAAGAUGCUCACUUCUCAUAUUUUGUUAUACAUUUA